UGGUCCUCUAUCUUCUUCCCCAAUUUCUGCAAUUCUGGAGAAGCUAAAGGUCUCAAUCUCAGUCAAAAACAAAGGUUUGGGCUUGAUUGAACUAUCACUGACUAGAGGAGGAAGAAGAAGAAGAAGAAGAAGAAGAAGAGAGGGAUAAGGAUUGGAGGAAGAAGAUGUUGUUUCAGGUGGGAGGUGAAGGCACCCGCCCCACCUUCUUUGAGAUGGCUGCAGCUCAGCAACUCCCGGCUAGCCUUCGCGCCGCUCUCACUUAUUCCCUCGGCGUUUUUGCUUUAAGACGAUCGUUCCUCCAUAAGAUUUUAGACUACGAGGAUGAAUUCUUUGCUGCACUGAUGCUUAUUCUUGAAGGACACAGCUUACGAACCACUGAUGCUUCGUUUGCUGAAUCAUUGUAUGGUUUGAGGAGGAAAUCAGUGAGAUUGAGAUUGAGGAAAGACAGUGCCAAGAAGGAAUCUAACGAAGAAGUUCAACAUUCCGGUUUAGAGAAACGUCAAAGAAUCCUUUCUGUUGUGUUUCUGGUUGUGUUACCGUACUUCAAGUCUAAGUUGCAUGCAAUCUAUAACAAAGAAAGGGAAGCAAGGCUCCGGGAAAGUUUAUGGGGAACAGAGGAUCAAGGAUUUGAUGAAACUGACUUCUUCACAGGGGAAGAAUCAAUUGUUUCAAGAGAGUCUAGUGGGAAUGAAGAGCUUUCUGUUCGAGUACAAUUAGCUACGAAAAUAAAAAAGUUUAUAGCUGUCUGUUAUCCUUGGAUACAUGCCUCUAGUGAAGGAUUAUCGUUCACUUACCAGCUCUUAUAUCUGCUGGAUGCUACUGGAUUUUAUUCCCUUGGGCUACAAUCUCUUGGGAUUCAAGUCUGUCGAGCUACAGGGCAAGAAUUGAUGGAUACAUCCUCGAGAAUUUCAAAGAUACGGAAUCAUGAGCGUGAGAGGCUUCGUGGUCCUCCAUGGUUAAAAACAGUGCAAGGGGCACUUCUUAGCUGCUCUUAUGCGGUGCUUGACUACGCUCAAACCGGUCUGAUUGCAGCAGUCUUUAUCUUUAAAAUGAUGGAAUGGUGGUAUCAAUCAGCUGAAGAGAGAUUAUCAGCUCCAACAGUGUACCCUCCACCUCCGCCUCCUCCAGCCCCAAAGAUGGCCAAAGAAGGAAUCCCUCUGCCUCCCAACAGAUCCCUCUGCGCGUUAUGCCUGCAAAAACGUGCAAACCCAUCAGUUGUCACAGUCUCUGGAUUUGUUUUCUGCUACUCAUGCGUUUUUAAGUAUGUUUCAAAGUACAAGCGAUGUCCCGUGACAUUGAUUCCGGCCAGCGUGGAUCAGAUUAGGAGGCUGUUUCAUGACACUUAAGACCGAUCUAUUUAAUGGUUUUAAGCCAAAUCGUGAGAGCAAAUGGAUAAGCUUUCAUUUAGAGAUCAUCGUCUGGGAUCAAGUGCUUCUUGGAUUGAAAGAAAGCUAUGUUAAUCCUAAUCAAAGCUGAAUUUGGUGAAAAUGAAGAAGGCAGACAAAUAGUUGUUUUUUCUUUUGUAGUUUCAGCUUCGAAAUUGUUGUAUAUUGUACAAUGGGGGAUGAUAUUUAAUUUUCCGGAUAAAAAAAAUAAAAUUUAUACUGAUCAUUUACAAAGGAUAGGAUUGAGGAGAUCA